AUGAAGAAAUCACGGCUCGAACCGGAUCCAGAUGCCGACGCCCUGCUCACCUUGAAAUUCCCCAACCUGCAGCAGGUUCGCCCAGUAAAAGAACAGGAUGUUUUGGAAAAUGUGAAGGCCGAACCGACUCCAUGGGAGAUCUUCGAAGGAAUAGAGGAGGAGGAAGAGGAGGAAAAAGAGGAGGCGAAAGGCGAAAAUCCCACAGACAUCGAUGAGGUCGUAUCUCUACAACCGUAUGACGAGAAUGGCAAUCCCAACGAGAUUGAAUUCGGAGUAUCUACCAAGCAGCUUUAUAUGGCAUCACCAGUCUUUGACAGGAUGCUAAAAGGCAACUUCCAAGAAUCGAAACCUGACGACGAAGGCCUCUUGGAAAUUAGAGCUCAGGAUUGGAACGCCCGGGCUCUUCUGAUCUUACUUGACAUUAUCCAUGGUCAUCACCGCCAGGUGCCCAGAGAGCUAGAUCUGGACACCGUAGCACAUAUAGCGCUCCUUGUCGAUUACUACGAUUGUCUGGAAAUUGUAGAGGUCUUCUUGGAUCAUUGGCUAGUGGGUAUUCCCCAGUGGUGGUUGUACGAAUGGCCGAUGUUCAGUGAUUACUUGGCACGUCCUUUUGGUGAAGAUGAGGUGUUGAUGCUGUUCAUUGCCUGGGUAUUUCGAAGGCAAAAGGCUUUCAAGAAUCUGACAGAUUGCGCGAUAAAAACAACGUCUAACCCUCCUGAAACACCUCUGCCGAUACCUAGUCAAGUCCUUGUUGAAAUUGAUCAACAGCGUACCGAUAUACUCGAUGAACUCUUCUCUCAGCUAUAUAACCUACAAGAAGAUAUUUUGGUGAGGCGAUACGGUUGUACCUUGGAUUGCUCAAAACGACUUCUCGGACAUCUGAUGAUGCAAAUGUGGCACAACGGUCUGCCCAUGAGCAAACCAGAAUAUCCAUUUGAAGGAUUCCGUGUUUCUUCGGUGGUUAACGCUAUCCAUACCAUCAAGAGCUCAAUCAGCGGUAGUGGAAAACACAGUUUAGAUACUUGGCUGAGUUUGAAAAACCUUUGUAUAAAACCCUGA